GUACCACCAAAGUAAACCUUGUGAAGAUCCCAUCAACUGCUUCCAGUCCUCGAGAUACUGCUCUAGCAGCUGUUAUAUGCAGUGCACUUGCAACAGUGCUCUUAGCUCUUCUUAUUCUUUGUGUUAUCUAUUGCAAGAGGCAGUUUAUGGAGAAGAAACCAAGUUGGUCUCUGAGAUCACAAGACAUUCACUACAAUGGCUCUGAAUUGUCAUGUUUUGAUAGACCACGGCUAAAUGAAUAUGACCACAGAACUUGUUGCCAGUGCCAGAGAAGCACAUCACAGACAUGUGGACCAGUUCACUUGAUUCCAUCACUGUGCUGUGAUGAAACCUGUAGCAUGGACCACAGCAGUCACAGUUGUGCUUUCCACUCUCAAACUACACUUAAUGAAAGGGCUUCUGAUUCUGUUGGAGAAAUGAUUCCUACCUUUCUUGGUUCUCUUUCACACACUAACUGUGGAGACAUUUCAGAUGCUUGGCCUCUUAUGCAAAACUCAGCUUGUUGUGACAGCAUUUCUUUCUGUGAAUCAUAUGCAGAACUGGCUGGAGGAUCUGCAAAAUCUUGCAAUCCUGAGACUGAAAAUGCAGCCACUGUUGAGUCGGAUAAUAACCAGGAUUUAAGUGAAGUACUUAUUUCAGCUAGGUCUCUUGAUGGAAACAUGGCAAAGUCCUUUGAAAUCUCCAAACAUAGAACACAUGUAGAAGUUUCAUCACUUCAGAACCCAGCAGCUGCUGAAACCCAGCCGAAGACAAAGCAUAAUGGCUCUACAGACUGAUAAAGAGGUAA